AUGAUCACUCUUGAGGUAAGGAUCCACUGCAUUAACGAGAAGCAGCAGAAGAAUCGCGCGGAAUGUUGCCAGCGUCUGCUGCCAAAACUCAACGACGAAUUUGUGAAGCGGAUCGUUUUUAACGAUGAGAAGUUCUUCUUGAUCUCUCCGUCAAGGGGCAGUAAUAAGGGACGCAUAUGGACCACCCUGAAGAAAAAAGAGCUCAGCCCGAGCGUGCUGCAGUCACCACGCUCCACCAGCCAGCGUGGCCUGAUGGUGUGGGCCGGAGUCUCGUGGAACGGUAAGACGGAGCUGCUGUUCGUGGAGCCUGGAUUGAAGAUUAAUGCCGAGUACUACGUCCUCAGAGAAGACAUUCUGCCGUCAUCAAGCCGCCUUUAUCGUGACGGAAGUUUUGUGCUACAACAGGACUAG